AUGAUUUUGACGUUCUUCUACAUGUACGCUACAUUUUUGCAGUGGUGGCGCUUAGGGGCACUGAAAAACAAACUAAAGGGCACCUUGAAUGCUAGCAAUGCCCUUUUAGUUUGCGAUGACAUCAUCAUUUAUGAGACUAAAAAAAGUAGAAGCUUCGAAAAUUUACUGUUCCGAUCAGAAAACAGAGUCGGGUGCACGGUAGUACCAAAGCAAAAAAUUAACUUAUCACAAUGGCUAACAUUUCCCGCAGACUUCCGACAUUUCCCUAUCCAUUUCGAAAACAGGACGCCAAAUGCAGUCUAUCCGAAAUUUCACGUUAUCAUCCAAGCUAUGUUGGACACCUACAUCAAACAUUCCGCAGAUCUCCUAGAGGUCGAAAAUUUUGGUGAACUGAUAGCUUGGAGAGCCUCAGAAGGCUUCGAGGUGAUACUAAAGACUGACCUAGAUAGGCUUUCCAAAUUAGUCAAUUGUUUCUCACAGGGAGAUUUAGAUAUCAACCACGAGCUGAAGUUACUCAGAAUCGAAACCGUAGACGUAGAAGGUGUUCCCACCAAGAUCAAAUACGAUCAGAUAUUUUCCAAGGACUAUGUGCUCAAGUAUUCCUACUCGGCUGAGCAGUGGCAGAAGUUUGCUGAAACCGUUAAGCAAAUCUAUGCGAAAAUUCGAGACACCACCCCUAAAAUCACUAUAGAAAACGGCAAACUAGAGGAGACAAGGAAAGUGCCAGUGAGCGAAGUGAAACCGAUGAAAAAAGAUGGGAAGAAGACAGAGGACAAGAAUACUCUAGAGGUAGCUGCUGGGGAUUAUAGAAGACACAAAACAAACGAUCACAAAAGAGACAAAAAUUCCGAAAGACAUUCAAGAAGUGUUGAAGGCAACAGCAAGUUGAAAGAAGAGCCAAAGCUCAGGACAACAAGAACAGAUAAGGAUGCCAGAAAAGAAGAAAGUAGAAGAGACGACAGUAAAACGAGGAAAGAUGAGGCAAAGUCUCUCAAAACCAAAACCGACAAGGAGGAAGUCAAACCUUCAAAAUCCAAAGAUGACCAAAAAAAAUAUGAAGCGGCUACUGAAAAGGAAGAAAUUACUAUCGUAAACGGAGGACAUUCUCCAAAAGUCAUUAAUGACCAAGCACUGGCGAAGUCUUUUGAAGAAAAAGAAGCAAAACCAUCGAAGAUCAAACCUGAUGACAAACAUAAGAAGGAAGCCAGAUCUACAAGUAAAACAAGAAAAGAAGACCCCGAUACAAAAACCCAUAAGAAAGACGAAAAAUCUUGGAAGUCAUCUAAACCAGCAAAGGAAAAGUCCAAUACAGAAGCUGGAAAAUCUGGGAAAACCUUAUCUAAAAGAUCUACAAGUUCCGAGAAGAAACUAAUAAAAAGUACAGCCAUCUGUGAUGAAACAGAUGCAGAUGGUUCAACAAAGAAAGCAGAUGAGGAAUAUCUGAAAAUAGAUGGUGCACAAAGUAAUGGUCAUGGGAAAAAAGUGCCAAGUAGUUCAAAAACUGUAAAACCGCCAAAUAUUUUAGUUUAUGCAGAUAGCCCUGUGGCCAAAGAGAACGUUAAGAGUGCCAUCUCAAGCAUGCUAAAUAAAGAAAAGUAUACCAUCUAUGAUUUGCCAACGGAUCCCACUCAAAAUAUAUGGAACGACUCGACCGUUUUAGUGGUGGUAUGUGGUAAUGUACCACCAAAUUUGACGUUCCACCUGCUGCAGUAUCUAGUCACCGGUGGCCAGUUAUUAUGCCUCUGUAGCGAUUUCCUCUACAGCGUCCUUCAUACCUUCACCACAGCAGAAGUUAGGGAGCAUGAAUUAGUGAGAUUCACGUACGGGAAAUGGGCUCAAGUUAAAAUGAUGCAUCACAUUUUCUGUUAUCAAGCAUCUCCCGCUAAGAAACAAUUCUCAAAAGACUCUGACCAUAGUCAAAGCAGUGGUAACGGUUCAAGCCCAAUAGCACCACGAACGCCAUCUGCCGUUGAAAUUCAACACAACGGUAAAGAAUACAUCAUACAAGUACAAAUCUUGGGCACCGAAGAAACAUGGCAGACUCCAAGUCUACUGUUGGCAUCUGUCAAAGGUGGGGAUGGUAGGGCGAUUUUCUCGCAGGUCCAUCUCGAGAUCAAUCCCAAUCAGUUUGAGGAAGACGAAACUAAGUUCCAGGCACUCAAAGAGAGCGAUUCCGCUAGAAUGGAGAUCCUUAAGGAUAUCCUCUCGAAUCGUUUGGACAUAGAUUGUUCUACUGGUAUGGAGAUAGCAUAUACUCCCGCAUAUUUUCUGGGACGACAUGAGAUGAAACUGAAGCUAUUGAAUGAUUGUGAUUCCAUAAAAGACAAUAAGUUGGAGUGUGAAAAAGUAGUGUUGAAAUUUUGUGGAAAAGACGUAAUUCCUGGAGAAGCCGCUAGUAACUUGAUGCCUGUUUUGAUACACUCCUGUCCAUCCAAUUUUUCCACAGUCAAGUAUUUCGAGGCAUUAGAAACUGAACAUAUCGGUAGAUUGGUGAUAUACUCUGACGUGAUGGCCAGUUCUCAUAACGUUGUAGCUAAAACAUUGGCACACGGACUAGUAGUUAUUCCUAGACAACAAACCCAAGGCGUUGGUAGGUCGAAUAAUGUCUGGAUAAGUCCGAUAGGUUGUGCGAUGUUUUCCAUGCAGCUGCAUAUCUCGAGGAAUUCCGUGCUGGGAAAAUAUUUGCCGCUGGCCCAACAAAUCGGAAUGGUUGCUGUCGCCUCAGCUCUCAAAUCAAUCGCAGGAUCUGAGGAUCUGGAUAUUGGCUUGAAAUGGCCGAAUGAUCUUUAUGCAAAUGGUUCUGUCAAAAUUGGUGGUCUUCUGACUACUUCAGCAGUUUUAAGUGAUGUAGCAAUAGUAAACCUUGGUUGUGGCAUUAAUUUAGACAACGGAAAUCCCACAUUGUGCGUGAAUGAUAUGAUCAGGACUUCCAAUGAGACUAAAGGGACAAGUAUGAAGAAAAUCUCGUAUGAGGCAUACUUUGCAGCUGUUUUUAAUGAAACCGAGAAGAUAAUGAAAAUAGUUCAAGGCGGAGACAUCGAUUAUUUGUACGAUUUGUACUACAAAUAUUGGCUGCACAAUGACAGUGAAGUUAUGGUGACGACGAAAGAUGGCAAAUCCGAAAAGGUCAGGAUAGUCGGCAUCGACGACUAUGGAUUUUUGAGAGUGAGAACUCCGACUGGUAAAAUAACCACCGUACAUUCAGACGGCAACACGUUCGAUAUGCUGAAAGGACUGAUUUUUCCGAAAACGUUUUGA